AUUCGACUUUUGACCGUCAACUUGGACGGUCAAACGCGUUGACCGUUAGUCAACGCGCCACAUCACUGCCAACUCAGCAAGUUUAAACAAUUUUUUUUUAAUUUACACCUAUUUCAUUUUCUUUUCAUUUAUCAUUUUGACAAAAAAUAAAUCGGGACAAAAAGCCCCACCCCGAGCCCUAAACUAAACCCUACCUUAUCCAUAUCUCAACCCCAACCCCAUCCCCAUCCACAAAUUCACCCGCCGUCACUCACCUUCUCCUUCCUUCGUCGAAGCUCCUCCAUCGACCGACAAAAAUCUCCGGUAUUCCGUCCUUUUCUGCCACCGUCCUCUCCUCCGUUGCUGCUUGUUUAAAACGUAAAUCGAAACCCAUUGGGGGAAAGAAAAACAAGAUUAAGAGAGGAAGGCCAAAGUCCCCAAAUUGAUUUGAGUGAGCCAAUGUAACGAAGGAAGCACCACCAUGAAAAACACGAUUUGUGCUUCUCUCAAAUCAAUUUCCUCUCAGCCAUGGCUGCUCCAUCUCCCCCAUCCUCCCGAUCUCGAAUUCCCAAAAUGCCGUCACCACCACCAUCGUUCCUUCCGCCGCCGCGUCUGCCCAAUCCCAGCCUCGAUCGCCACCCCGACCUUCCGCUCCUUCAUCAACAAGAUCUCCGACACCGUCCGCAACGGCCUCUCGAAGCGCCGCCCGUGGGCCGAGCUAGCCGAUCGAUCCGCCGAUGCCUCCGCCGCCGCCGCCGCCUCCGCCGCCGUCGAAGGUUUGCAGGAGGCGCUGGGCUAUUCUAUCCUUCUCUACAACAUCUUUGGCAGCCGGAAUGGAGGAAGAGAGGAGGAGAGGAGAGGAGACUGGAGAGGAGAGGAAGAAGGGGAAGAAUCAGGUUAGGGCUCGGGGUGGGGCGUUUUGUCCCGAAUUUUUUUUUUGUCAAAAUGAUAAAUGAAAAGAAAAUAGAAUAGGUGUAAAUUAAAAAAAAAUUGUUUAAACUUGCUGAGUUGGCAGUGACGUGGCGCGUUGACUAACGGUCAACGCGUUUGACCGUUCAAGUUGACGGUCAAAAAUCGAAUCUGGCCAAAUUGUUUAUUUUGGUGUAUAGUUCGGGCCAGGAUGUUAUAGAUCGAAAAGAUUGGCCAGGAUGUUUAUUUUGGUUAAAGUUCAGGCCAUACGAAAAUAUUAACCCUUAAUUUUUUAUUGCUUGUACUAUAUAUUGCUAUCAUUAUGGUAAAAGAAACAAACGAUUUAUUUGGUUUCUGAAAAGAAUAAGAAAUCUGAAAAGAACAA